AUGAUGCUUUAUAAAUUAGUCGUACUUGGAGAUGGUGGUGUUGGUAAAACUGCUUUAACCAUCCAGCUCUGUCUCAAUCAUUUUGUCGAGACUUACGACCCGACGAUUGAAGAUUCAUACCGCAAGCAAGUCGUGAUUGAUGACCAGCCGUGCAUUUUGGAAGUCCUGGAUACCGCUGGUCAGGAAGAAUACACUGCCUUACGAGAUCAAUGGAUCAGAGACGGUGAGGGAUUCUUGCUUGUAUACUCGAUCACGGCACGCUCUACAUUCGAACGCAUCGAACGUUUCCGCGAGCAGAUUUUUCGAGUGAAAGACGUGGACAAUGUGCCACUCAUGUUGGUUGGCAACAAAUGCGACCGAGUGACAGAACGCGAAGUGACCCGUGAAGAGGGCAUGAUGAUGGCACGACGAUUGGCUUGUGAUUUCAUCGAGACCUCAGCAAAAACAUGUGUCAACGUCGAGCGUUCCUUCUACCAGGUUGUGAAGAUCAUCCGAGCACAACGUGAAGGAUUACGUACGGGUCCCAAGGGCAAGAGCAAGAAGGAAAAGAAGAACAAGUGCUCGAUAUUGUAA